UCCAAAUUGCAUAAACUUAUGACAAGUUAGGAUUUAGUACGCAUCUUGCAUGCCGGGUCAGUCUUGACUCUUUGAUUUUGAAUGACUUGCAGGCUCUAAAUGCACGCUCUCGAGCUAUCCUUAUGCAGAAGUUGGAUCGUAGUGGCACUGCUCCAAGUGUUGCUGGUUCUCUAGGCACACCUGUCGUCAGUAGCCCCGGUCUUGCAUUGCCAACAGCACCAAUUCUUGGUGCUGCACCUGCGGUUCCUUCCCUUGUUAGUCCUCUUGUACAGGCUUGUGUUCCUGCACUUGCGGGAUUGCCAGGUGGAGGUCUUUCAAUUCCCCCUGUAAAUGUUCCUUCUGUUGAUACCAUAGGUAUUCCAAGUGAAUGUUUAUUGUUGAAGAACAUGUUUGAUCCAAAAUUAGAGACUGAGCCAGAGUUCGAUCUGGAUAUUAAAGAAGAUGUUCAAGAUGAAUGCUCAAAGUUUGGUGCACUUAAACAUAUAUAUGUUGACAAGAAUAGUGCUGGGUUUGUAUAUUUGCGAUUUGAAAAUACACAAUCUGCAAUAAGUGCGCAGCGUGCUCUCCAUGGAAGAUGGUUUGCUGGAAAGAUGAUCACAGCAACAUUCAUGCUACCCCAGAAUUAUGAGGCCACAUUUCCCGACAGCAGAUAGGAUGGUGGAUUGUGGAUGUGAACCAACUAUUUCCAGUAGGUCUAUAUGCUGACAUGGCUUUGUCGCAUUGAUCCAGUUUUGAAUGGUGCAGGUGGCGAACCUUGUGUGACCCAAAGUUGCUGCAACAAAUAUGACUGCUGAGUGCUGAUGAUGACAUGCAGAAAUUGUUGGCGAAAAAAAAAAGAUAGAAAGAAAUCAUAAAAUUGCAUGAAGCACACUAGGAAUCAGAUUACUAAAAAAUACUGACCACUUGUUAGGAUCAUAUCUGCAUAAAUUUACUUUUUGUAUGUCUGUUGUUUCCCCCCACGUCUACAGUGAAAAUUGUGGAGUAAUUGUUUGUUAACCUCUUUCCUCCUGUUUUCUGGUACAUAAAACUUAUUUUGUGUUGUGGGUUAGGAUGAGUAUUUUGUUUCCAACACUCUCUCUUUUGAUUAGUUAGAUGGAAGCAAUGAAUUAUAUGCUCAGCUAUUAAUAAUAUGUUUUAGAUUGAAGCAUGGAAGCAUGAAUUAUAUUACUUUCAGAUAAUGCAAGCACUUGUACUUUCCUGUGAA